CUUCGACUUCAAACAUCACCAACAAACAAAUACAAACUCAAAUUAUACCAUGUCCUCCAAAGACGCGCACCUCUACGGCCAGCGCCCGGCCUCGCGCACCAAAACAAAAGAAAUCUCCAGCUCCAGCACCCUCGCCUUCUCGUCGACCCUCUCCAACCUCAUCAAAUCCGCCUCCGCAGACAUCAACAACAAACCGACAGGUGGUCGCGCCCGACCGAAAAAGGACGACAUCUUCCAAACGCACAACAAGGGCGUGAGCAAGCGCGCGGAGAAGGAUCUCGAAGAGUCGGCCUUUACGCAGAAACAUCGCAAGCGGACUGUCGAGGAGAGGGAGGAUGACGAGGCGAAUUGGAAGCGUGCGAAGCGGCGCAUGGAGGAGAAGGCGAGGCUUUAUAAUGCGCUGAAGCGGGGUGAUAUCGAGGAUCUGGAUGAUAGGUAUGGCGUGGAUUUCGAUCGCAAGUGGGCGGAGGCGCGGGAGAGUGGCAAGCCGCUCGAGGAGGAAGAGUCGGAUUCCGAGUCUGCGGUGUCCGUCUCGGAGGAGGAGUUGAUUGAGUACACGGAUGAGUUUGGCAGGACGCGGAAGGGGACGAGAGCGGAGGUCGCGAGAGAGGAGAGGAGGAGAAGGACGCAGGCCGUGGCGGCUGAACCGGAUCGAUUCACCGCGCGGCCUAGCAUGCCCGACGAGAUCAUAUACGGUGAUAGGGUGCAGGCGGAGGCGUUCAAUCCCGAUGCGACCAUUGCGGAGCAGAUGGCUGCCCUAGCGGCGAAGCGGGAUAAGGAACCCACGCCGCCGCCAGAUGAGCAUUUCGACGCAAAUCGGGAGAAGAGGCAGAGAGGUACUGGGUUUUUCCAGUUUUCGAAAGAUGAAGAGGAGAGGAGGGAGCAGAUGGCAAAUUUGGAGAAAGAGAGGCUGGAGACUGAGAAGGCGCGGGAGGCGAGGAAGAAGCAGAUGGAGGAGAGGGCGAAGCUGGUUGAGGAGAGGAGGAGGAAGAUCAAAGAGAAGAGAGCCAUGGGGCAGGCAGAUCGGUUCUUGGAUGCACUUGGGUCGGAAUUGCUCAAGGAACAGGAGUGAUUGUGUACGGAAGGAGAGCGAGAUGAGCAUUUGAUACCCCAGAUAUAUUCUUAGCGUUUAGAGAACUUACAGAAACGAG